AGCCAUUUCCUCCUUCUGCUGCAGUCGCAGCCUCGCCCCACCUCCUCGGCUGGAGCCUGCCUUUGCAACUCGCCUUGUGCCAACUUUGGCUUCGCCGCGGCUCGACGGGAAGUUGGGCUCUCCCGGCUCGCGAGGGCGCCGCCGAGAAGGCAGCAGCAGCAGCAGCAGCAGACGCCGCCGGGAGAUGCGGCGGGGAGCGGCGCAGUGAUCAGAGCGCCGACGGGGCUCGGCGGCCGUCGCUGGGCUUCCACCGGGCGCCUCUUCCCAGCUCCCAGCCGCUGCAGCAAACCCAUGGCAGGGAAGUUCCUGCGGCUGGCGCUCCUCCUCCUCCUCCUCUAGCUGCGCCUGGGGAUCCCGCCGCGCCUGCCCCCUGCCGUCUUUGUCUGCGGUGCUAUGUGGAGGUCUACAAUGAUAAAUGGACUUAUUCUUCCUGUACUGAUCAUGGUGUUUUUUCCUUCACCCAACAUGGGAGAUGCUGAGCAGAAACUGAACUUUGAAUGUGUGUGCGAAGGCAUGUCCUGUGCGAAUGGUGACCGCUGCAUAGGCCAUCGAUGCUUUUCCUCCUUGAGCAUCAACAAUGGUGCCAAAGUAUAUCAGAAGGGAUGCUUCCAAGUAUAUGAACAGGGGAAAAUGACCUGCAACACCCCCCCAUCUCUUGAUCAAGCUGUUCAGUGCUGCGAGGGAUACCUCUGUAACAUAAAUAUCACAGCACAGCUGCGUGCAAAAGGGCAGCAGAAAGCAGUGGGGUACACCAAGGAAAUGCUCAUCGUUUUUAUACUAGCUCCAGUUAUAGUAUUGAUAAUAUUUUCAGCCAUAGCCGUGCUGAUCAUCCGCAAAGUGCAGCAGCACCAUAUGGAAAGGCUCAACUCAAGAGAUGCGGAGUACGGAACGAUUGAGGGACUCAUAGCCUCCAACGUCGGUGACAGCACACUGGCAGACUUACUGGACCAUUCCUGUACGUCUGGAAGCGGCUCCGGUCUCCCCUUCCUCGUUCAAAGAACAGUGGCCCGCCAAAUUACGCUGUUGGAGUGUGUGGGAAAAGGUCGAUAUGGAGAGGUCUGGAGAGGACAGUGGCAAGGAGAAAACGUUGCUGUGAAGAUCUUUUCUUCCCGAGAUGAAAAGUCCUGGUUCAGGGAAACAGAAUUGUACAAUACAGUGUUACUGAGGCAUGAAAAUAUUUUAGGUUUCAUUGCCUCAGAUAUGACUUCCAGGAACUCCAGCACUCAGCUGUGGCUAAUCACACACUACCACGAGAUGGGCUCCUUGUACGACUACCUUCAGCUCACUACACUGGACACGGUCAGCUGCCUCCGGAUAGUCUUGUCUAUUGCUAGCGGCCUUGCGCACUUGCACAUAGAGAUAUUUGGGACCCAAGGAAAACCAGCCAUUGCUCACCGAGACUUAAAGAGUAAAAACAUUCUGGUUAAGAAGAACGGACAGUGUUGCAUAGCGGAUUUAGGCUUGGCAGUCAUGCAUUCCCAAAGCACUAAUCAGCUGGAUGUGGGGAACAACCCCCGCGUGGGCACUAAGCGCUACAUGGCCCCAGAAGUCUUAGAUGAAACCAUCCAAGUGGACUGUUUUGACUCCUACAAAAGGGUUGAUAUUUGGGCAUUUGGACUGGUCCUUUGGGAAGUCGCUAGGCGCAUGGUUAGCAAUGGCAUUGUUGAAGACUACAAACCACCUUUUUAUGAUGUUGUUCCUAAUGACCCCAGUUUUGAAGACAUGAGAAAAGUAGUCUGCGUGGAUCAGCAAAGGCCAAACAUUCCUAACAGAUGGUUUUCUGACCCCACAUUAACUUCCCUUGCCAAGUUGAUGAAAGAAUGCUGGUAUCACAAUCCAUCGGCGAGAUUAACAGCUUUGCGUAUAAAAAAGACCUUGACCAAAAUUGAUAAUUCCUUAGAUAAGAUCAAAGCUGACUGUUGAUAAUCGACCCACCUGAUGCUGGAAAGACAGAAGGCUUACCGUCCAGCACAGAGAAGCAGCUGGGUGAAUUCUAAGACUUGGUCCCAAGUGGCUUCACAGAUAGGCGGACGUUGUUUUACCUGACCCAGCUGUUUGAGAGGAAAUGGAACCAUUUGAGCCUUAAUUGGUGACACUUGUUAUUUUACAAAUGGCCAAUCUUUAAAGACUUAAGCUGGAUCUAUGGCAACCUAUGGAAGGAAGACACAGAAAUCCUAAAACAAGAUUGGGGCAUUAAAACAGUGGCUUUUAAUAGCUUUUUUUAUUUUUGGAAUAAUGAAAUGAACAAGUCAGUUGUCUUCUUGUGGUUCCCAAGUUCAAUGAGUGGACACAGUCAGUUCUAAUUGGCAAUAUUGCCUGUGCGUCUCUUCUUUAUUGCACUAGGGAUUCUUUACAUUCUUUACUUGCACUGUUACUGUUAAUUUUAAAGACAUGACUUGCCAAAAAGAAAAAAGAAAAAGAUUGGCUUAUGUACUCAUCAGUCUGUGUUUAUAAACUAGGGAAAAUCAAUUUGAGAAAUUGAAUCUGUAACUGACAUCUUUUUUUUAAAACUGCAUUUUUACAUAUGUGUACUGUUUACAAUAAUGCUGGACAAAAGGAAUUGUUUAUAAGGAAACUUUCAGAUUUUAUUUAUUACUAGUGCACUUAACAGUUUUAAGAAACUGAGGAAAGUGCAUACAGUUAAAAGCUUAUUUUUAUGUGGCUUCUGUCAUUAUUUCUUGCAGACGGUCUAACCCGAAACACUUCCUUCCUUCUUCCCCUGUAUUAUCAGUUACAUAUUUUAAUCACUUUUUAAAAGUGCUUCACAUUUUUAUGUGUGUGGUCUGUAACAUUAUAUUUUCAGUUCAUAAUAUACAGAACAUUUAUAUCUAUAUCUAUGUAUCAAAAUAUAAAGCCAUUACCCACGUGAUGCCACAUAUAGUACCUUAUUGAUGUAGAGGAGGGAAGGGAAGCGAUGAAGGGAAAUAAUAUGUCAUGGAGGUUAUAGGAAAAUGCGCUUUUUUUUUUUUUUGCAGCUUAUACGUAACGUGCAUUUAAACUUGUAUCAGGGACAAAAACUGUAUUUUUUUAAUUUACUUUUUGUAUUUAGCAGUUAUUUGUAUAAAUGAAAUAGAAUAUUUUCAAGUCAGUCGGAAGGGAAUUUUCCCCUGGUUGGUGCCUUCCGUGGCAUAAGGUAAAUAUAGCAUGUGGUCUGCCUCACCAGAUUACAUCCUAAGAUUCCCACCCCCUUCCUCUGCAAGUUAAGAAUUGAAGCCAACAGACUAGUACUUUGGCUGACGCAUGACUGAGGAACUUCCACGUAAUCCUUUAUACAGAGAUGCUGACACUGAGGGGAAGGGGUGGUGGUCCAUGCCAAAGCCGUAAUUUCACAGUGAUGUGAAUUGUUGUGUAAUGGUACCUGAACAGGUUGGGUCACCGACGUUCUCACCAUGGCUUUUUAUCUUGAGUUUCCUGAGUAAAAAGUUUGAUCCCAGUGCCUUGCUUUGCCUUGCCUUGUGACUACACUGCUGUUUUCCCCUCUGGAACCCUCUUAAAUAAUUGCUAAGGGGGCUGAAUGUAAGGAUGGUUGCUCUAUAACCAUUAAACCAGCAUCAUACUAAGAAACAAA